GAUGGUUAUCUUUUCUUUAUCUUACAACAAAUUAAGACGAGAUUGAUUUUCAUGGGACAACUAUAUAGAUAUGAAGUGGUGUUUGCUGAUGUGUAAUCUCAUUCACCCAUUCAUUCCAAUGGGAUCAGUUUGUGAAGAGCGAUGGAUAACAGUUACCAUCACAACGGUGGCAUUGGUGAUAGCUUCUUCAGCACCAUUAUUAUUGGCGGCAUGCCCUUACACCUCCAUCUUCAGCUUCGGUGAUUCACUUGCAGACACUGGCAACUUGUAUUUCAGCCCCUACCCACCCACCAACCACUGCCUUUUCCCUCCCUACGGCGAAACCUUCUUUCACCAUGUCACUGGACGCUGCUCCGAUGGCCGCCUCAUCAUCGAUUUCAUCGCUGAGUCACUGGGGAUUCCACGGGUGAAGCCGUAUUUGGGAAUCAAGAAUAUUGGGAGAUGGAGUGUGGAAGAAGGGGGAGCCAAUUUUGCUGUUAUUGGAGCCACGGCUUUAGAUUUCAGCUUCUUUGAAGAGAGGGGCGUUCCUGUGAAAACCAAUUAUUCUUUGUCAGCUCAAUUGAAUUGGUUCAAGGAAUUGCUUCCUACUCUAUGCAAUUCUUCCACAGGUUGCCAUGAAGUUCUUAGAAACUCAUUAUUUCUGGUGGGUGAAAUUGGUGGAAACGAUUUCAAUCAUCCUUUCUCUAUACGAAAAAGCAUAGUAGAAGUUAAAACAUAUGUGCCAUAUGUAAUCAAUGCAAUAUCUUCGGCAAUCAAUGAAUUGAUUGGUCUAGGAGCUCGCACGCUCAUCGUUCCUGGGAAUUUUCCAAUAGGAUGCAGUGCAAGUUAUUUAACAAUCUAUGAAACCGAAUAUAAGAACCAAUAUGACCAAUUUGGGUGUUUAAAGUGGUUAAACAAGUUCGCCGAAUAUUACAAUAAUGAGCUCCAAAGUGAAUUAGAUAAGCUUCGAAGACUUUAUCCUCGUGCUAAUAUCAUCUAUGCUGAUUAUUUCAAUGCUGCAUUGCUUUUCUAUCGUGAUCCCACAAAGUUUGGUUUUACUGGUCUUAAAGUCUGUUGUGGAAUGGGAGGUCCAUACAAUUACAACACAUCAGCAGAUUGUGGCAAUCCAGGCGUGAGUGCUUGUGAUGAUCCUUCAAAGCAUAUUGGGUGGGAUAGUGUUCACUUGACUGAGGCUGCAUACAGAAUAGUUGCUGAAGGUUUAAUAAAAGGACCAUAUUGUCUCCCCCAAAUUAAUACUUUGUGCUUGAUGAAUGUAAGCUCGGGCUAUUUCAAUAGCUAAAAUGUUUCUUAUGAUGAAAUGAAGUGAAAUAAAUUCAAUGUACCUACCACUAGCUAUAAUAUGGUUUGCAUGACA